CAUAUAAACCAGGUCUUCCAACCACCAAAUUUCACGAAGAAUUUCAAGAACUUUAGCCCUCCGUAGCAGCUCAUGGUUGCAGUUUCUCAUUAAGCAGUGGUUAUAGCUGUCACUGGAUUGUAUUUGAAGGUUACAAAAGCAUUUUUCUCAACUUAUCAAUAUUCUGAAGUUCAAAGCCUACUUGCUGCAUCUUGAUUCCAAUUUCCGAUCCGUAUGCGUUCGAGUUACUAAUUAUUUUUUCCCUUCAUCUUAAUACAUUAGACUGGUAAUAAAGAUAGAACUCUGCGUUUUGUGUAGUUCAAAUUCAUAUGGAUUGUGGUUUUUCAGGUUUGAAGAGCUUUAUUGAUUGCCUUAAUUUCUGGUACUGCACAAGAAAUAAAUGGAUAAUUUUGAAUGGAGUGAUUUCACAAAUACUUCUGUUUCAUGGAGAAAUCAACGGGAAAUUGAAGAAAGCUUGAUCAUUUCCGAAUCGAACGGCUGUUCCUAUGGGAAUGAUGGGAAGAUGAACAUUUCAGACUAUAUUUUCAGUCCAGUUGAUCAACAGCUCCAGAAAACUGAGAUGAUUCAGCAGUUGGGUCUUUCAAACUGGAAUAUGUCGACAAUGGCUCCAAAAUCGACAAGUCGUGGAGUCACUAUUAAUGGCCAAAUGAGUUCUUCUCAAGUUAAUAGGCCUAAUUCUGCAGUGAUUAAUCCAGAAAAUUGCCUGAAUGCAGAAUUCAGCCUAGAAAAUGGACAAGUUUUUGGUGGUCUUCAAGAAAUCGAGGCUGGAAUUUCGAACCUGGACUCUCUUGAAUCAAUUGAUUGCUUGUUAUCAGCAACAAACAGCCAGACAGACACAUCAGUUGAAGAUGAUGGGAUUUCCAUGUUUUCCUCUGAUUGCAAAGCAUUAUGGAAUCCAAAUUCAAGCGCCCCCAUGAUAAAAUCAAACGGCACAUCUUCAUCCACUGUAAAACAUUGCACCAAUAAAACAAUAUCACAAGUUUCGACCCAUGAAUAUGUCACUCAAUCGAAGUCUUCAGGUGCUAAUAAGCCCAAUCCCUACAAGAGAAGCAGAUCAGAAAGUCAACUGACUGUACCAAAUGGACUACAGUACCAAAAUCUUGAUUUUCAUCAGUCAAAUUAUUCGACUAAUCCCCCAAAAUCCAAGAAGCCCAGAUCAGAUAACCAUUCAAGUUCAUCAAACAUAAACUUCCAGCAGCCUACCUCAUAUGCAUCCUCCAUGGAUGAACCUGAUUCAGAAGCUAUAGAGCAAAUGAAAGAGAUGAUUUAUCGAGCUGCAGCCUUCAGGCCAGUGAGUUUUGGCGCCGAGGCGGUUGAGAAGCCCAAAAGAAAGAAUGUAAGAAUAUCAAAUGACCCACAAACUGUUGCUGCAAGACAAAGAAGGGAAAGGAUAAGUGAAAGAAUUAGGGUUUUGCAAAGACUGGUCCCAGGGGGUAGCAAAAUGGACACUGCAUCAAUGCUUGAUGAAGCUGCAAAUUAUCUCAAGUUCCUCAGAUCACAAAUUAAAGCACUUGAAGCAUUUGGCCAGAAGAUUGACACUACUGCCAAUUUCCCUACAGUUACAAAUACUGCUUUCUACACAUUCAAUCCUCCAUUUGCCAUGCAAAAUCAGUUCUCUCUGCAAAACCCUAAUCCAAUCCACCAAUCAAGAAGUUGAGAUUUUCAUUUUUUCCCCCUCCAUGAUCUAGAUAUCAUGUUCUGAUGUUAACCAUAUAAUUUGUCCCAAAAAUCUAAUCUUUGUAAUGAUAGUAAUCAUCAUUAGCUCAUCAUGAUGUAACUUUGAAAAUCAUUAAUCUUUAUGGCCUCAAACUACAAGAUUCAUAUCAUGAUGUAGCCAUGAUUAUUGCUUA